GAACCCUUUUGCCUCAGACAUUACAUUCUCGCUCCAGCCUCCAAGAAUGGCAGCCAUUUCAAGAGAUGAAUCUGACUACGACAGCAGCUCCUCCUCCAUAACCCUACCAGACUCCAGCCGGAGCUGGAUGAGCAACCUCAGCUUUGACAGUUGCAGGAGUUCUAUCUCCCUUCCUUUGCUUUCAGAUACAUCUUUUAACGGCACAAUACAGCACAAGCCACACAAAGCUAAUCACGCCGCGUGGGAAGCUAUGAAGCAGCUUAGGAAAGAAAAAGGUCGAGUUGGGAUAGACCAUUUCCGGCUCCUCCAUCGGCUAGGAAGCGGAGACUUAGGAAAUGUCUACCUUUGUCAGAUAAGGAACCCCGUGGUGGGGUUGCCACAGUGCUUCUAUGCCAUGAAAGUGGUGGACAGAGAAGCAGUUGCUAUCAGGAAGAAGCUCCAAAGAGCCGAUACGGAAAAAGCGAUUUUGGGUAUGCUUGAUCAUCCAUUUUUGCCAACUCUGUAUGCAGAGUUUGAAGCUUCUCAUUACUCUUGCUUGGUGAUGGAGUAUUGUCCCGGAGGCGACCUUUAUGUUGCUCGGCAGCGGCAACCCGGAAAACGUUUCAGCAUUUCUUCUGCUAAGUUUUAUGCUGCUGAGAUUCUUAUGGCAUUAGAGUAUCUGCACAUGAUGGGCAUUGUCUACAGAGACCUGAAACCGGAGAACGUUUUGGUUAGAGAAGAUGGCCACAUCAUGCUUUCCGAUUUCGAUCUUUCCUUCAAGUGCGACGUUGUUCCUGAGCUACAGAGGUCUAAACCCAGUUUGGAAAAUAUGGAAAACAAAUUUGAGAAAUAUUGCUUGACCCAUUCAUGUGCUACGCCAAUGCACCCUCUUCUCUUAUGCUUCUCGUCGAACAAGAAGAGGGCGUCUCCCACUACAAUUGCGGGGUACGUUGAUGGAGAAACUAAAACAGAAAUGGUGGCGGAACCCAUUAAUGCUCGGUCUCAGUCCUUCGUCGGAACCCACGAGUACUUGGCACCGGAGGUGAUCUCCGGACAAGGGCACGGAAGCGCCGUGGACUGGUGGACUCUAGGGGCAUUCCUCUACGAAAUGCUUUACGGAAAAACCCCUUUCAAAGGCGAAAACAAUGAGAAAACACUAAUCAACAUCCUCAAACAGCCGCUCACCUUCCCCAGAAUCAGAUUUUCCAGUGCGAAAGAGUUGGAAGAAACUGCGAAAGUCCAAGACCUCAUCAGCAAGCUCCUGGUGAAAAAUCCCAAGAAGAGAAUCGGAAGCUUAAAGGGUUCCGUUGAAAUCAAGAGCCACGAGUUCUUCAAAGGCGUGAACUGGGCUUUGAUCCGAUCGGUCCGGCCACCGGAGAUCCCCCGCGAUAAUGCUUUCAAGAUGACGAGUAGCAGAGUUUACGUGCCAAAGUUAAGUAAAGAGGAAAGACACGCGCCAUACCAAAUCCCUCAGCGUUUUGACUAUUUCUGAUUGUAAAAUGUGAAUAAAAAUAGGUAAAACGA